UUUCUUGUUUCCUUUCAGAUCUAUCAAACCAACAACACCACAACAUAAAUGACAAUGUCACUGAACGAGAAACGAAUGCUGGAUCGCGAAGCUUUACGAUCAGUGAUCCAGCAAUGGAAUGCUAAUCGUUUGGAUCUUUUUGAAUUGUCAGAGCCUAAUGAAAAUCUUGAAUUUCAUGGCGUCAUGCGAUUUUAUUUCCAAGAUGUUGGACAAAAAGUCGCCACUAAAUGUAUUCGUGUGGCGAGUGACGCAACAGUUGCUGAUGUUAUUGAGACAUUAAUCGAGAAAUUCCGUCCCGAUAUGCGAAUGUUAUCCGUCCCAAAUUAUGCACUCUAUGAAGUGCAUGCCAACGGCGAGGAGAGAAAAUUGAAUCCUGAUGAGAAGCCUUUAUUAGUGCAACUAAAUUGGCAUGUUGAUGAUCGUGAAGGAAGAUUUUUACUCAAAGAUCUUGAUCAAAAGCCAACGACGUUAGACAACAACACAGACACUAAUUUCAAGCGAAAACUAUCGAAACGUGAAAAGAAAGAACAGAAAAAGAAAGAGAAACUGCAGAAGCUUAAUCCCAAUGGUGAAGAUUCAGAAAAUCAUGUAGCCGAAAAGCUUUAUACCGAACUUCCUGAGACAUCAUUCACACGCUCCAUCUCAAAUCCUGAAGCAGUUAUGCGUCGUCGACGUCAACAAAAGUUGGAAAAGAAAUUGCAACAAUUUCGAGCGAGAGACGGGGGACCUGACACUGGUGGAACGUUGAAAAUUUAUGGAGAGAGUCUUUGCCGUGAUGUGCCUUAUAAAACACUUUUAUUGUCAAUUCGUGAUUGCGCCCAAGCUGUUGUUAGGGAAAUGUUGGCAAAGUACGGUAUGGAUAAAGCUGAUCCAUUGCAUUAUUGUCUUGUGCAGGUCAACAGUGAUGGCUCUGAGUAUAUUCUUGAUGAUGAUGAGUGUCCAUUAUCCAUUCUUAUGAAUCAUCCAACUUCACGUGGAUCCAUAAUGUUCCACGUCCGUCGACGACCAGCGGCCGACACAUCACAACCAAGACGACGAAAGAAAAAACCACUUGGGAUCAGCAAUGGAAGUGGAAACAUGUCAGCAGAACGUGAGGGACCUGUGCUUAUUGAAAUAACACAUUCUGGCGAUGGUGGACGAAGAUUAAAGUUGACAACCGAACCAGUAGAAGUUGGGUCUGCAAACACAAAUGCAUUACAACUCUUCGGGCCAUCGAUUCAACCUCGUCAUUGUCUGAUAUCAUUACAUGAAGGAGUUUGUACUGUUACACCUUUACAUGCUGAUGGGUUGACCUUUGUCAAUGGACAUCACAUCACGCAACCGACAAUUCUCCAUAAUGGAUCUGUGGUGAUGUUUGGACGUGCAGCAUCUUAUCGUUUUGUCGAUGUACCAUCAGAUGGACGGUACAAUUUGGCACUGUCACAAUCCCAACUCGAUUCUGCUUAUCUCUAUGAAAAUCGUUCAUCAACGAAUCCACCUUCUUGGCAUGAAGAAGAAGAUGCAAGCAUUGCAAGCUCAAGUUACUCUAAAAAGCAACACCAGCAAGCUUUCCCACAACAACAGCAGAAGCAAUUGCAAUUAGCACAACCUCCACAAUUGUCACAUCUUCAGCAACAACAACAGCAAAAGAACGCAUUGACACAAUCCCAACAUAGUCCAGGAAGUAAUGAAUUGAAGACGACAACAAAUCAACAACCAUCUGAUGACAAAUCGUUAUUUGAAAAUGAUAGCGGAAAUAUGGAAAAUGAAACGAAAUCUGUGUCGAGUAUGCGGAGCCAAGACAGCCGCCCGCAAUCGUUUGCAAAGCCACCUGCGGGAAUGUCGGCGACACCGACAAUGGAACCGCAAGGUCAAGAAGCAAUUUUGCCAGCCGUCCUUGAGUUUCCCGAACAUCAUCAGGAGCAGUUCUUGAAGCAAGUUAUCAGUGAGUUGGACGUAAACUCACCCAACUUUAAGCUUGCACCCGUCUACACGCUUUAUUUAUGUGCCAGAUAUCGUGCUUCCACUCAUUACCGUCCCGAUUUGCAACCAACUGAAAGAGCCCAUAAGCUGACGGUUUUCUUACAUCAUGUUGCCAAUCUCAUUCACAAUGUGAUUCAAGAGAAGUACAAUGACCCGAAGAUUCUCUCAUUUUGGAUGGCAAACAGCAGCGAAUUUCUUCAUUUUCUGAAAUCUGAUCGUCACAUUUCCGCAUUCAGCGUUCAAGCUCAAGAAGUUCUCGCUGAAUGUGUACAAACAGCUUUUCAAAAUCUUGUGUCAAUUUUCCAUUCGGAAUUAUCACAAACAUUGAAUCAAUUUUUAUCUGAAAAUAUCGACCAUGAUUCAGCUGCUGGUUUAGUGCUUUCAGUUUUGGGAUCAGCGAUGGCACUCUUAAGACGAUGUCGUGUCAAUGCAGCAUUAACAAUUCAACUGUUUUCACAAUUGUUUCACUACAUUAAUGUUGUUUGUUUCAACAAGUUCGUAACAACAUCACACAUGUGUACAAGUACAUGGGGAAAAGCGUUAAGCGAUCGUCUGUCACUUCUUGAAUUGUGGGCGGAAAAACAAGGCUUGGAACUUGCCGCUGAUUGUCAUCUUGCGAAGAUCAAUCAAUGUGCUGAAUUUCUUCAAGCACCGAAAACAAAUGUGACUGAAGUACAACAACUUGCCUGUUCAUGUUUCCGUCUUAAUUCACUUCAAAUGGCAGCUUUAUUGUCACAAGAAACAAUUCCAAGAACGUUGAUUGAUGCGACAGUGAGAAUGGCUGAAUCUGUUGCUGACGAAUUGACACGUGCUGAUGGUCGUGAGAUUCGUUUGGAAGAAUCACCUGACUUACCAUUGGCACUCCUACUUCCUGUUGAUGGUUUCAGUUGUGAUGUUGUUCGUGGAAUUCCCGCUGGCUUAGUUGAUUUCUUAAGUCCAUAUCAAGUUGCAGGAAUGUGCCGCUUAGCAUCACAACUAACAAGCAUCGGACUAUGGACAGUUUACAUGCAUCAGUUUAAUGGACGUUCACCAAGUGUUAUGUCAACAAAAAUGCCACAACCUGAAGUGCAAACAAUAAAAUUACAUAAAAACACCAACGGUAUGGGAUUAUCGAUUGUUGCCGCAAAAGGAGCUGGUCAAGAUCGUUUGGGAAUCUACAUAAAGUCAGUAGUAGCUGGCGGUGCUGCGGAUGCUGAUGGACGUCUUCAGGCUGGCGAUCAAUUACUACGUGUUGACGGACAAAGUUUGAUUGGAAUCACACAAGAACGCGCUGCUGAUUAUCUCGUUCGAACAGGUCCGAUUGUAACUCUGGAAGUUGCUAAACAAGGUGCGAUCUUUCAUGGAUUAGCAACACUUCUUCAACAGCCAAGUCCCGUCAUUCAAAGAGAUGAAAGUCUUCAUCAAUAUCGCUUAAGUCAACAACCUCCUCCUCCCCUGCGUCCCCAAAGUACUUUAUCGCUUAGUCAAUUAUUGAGCUCACGACGAAAUUCAACUCCUGAAAUGUAUCCUGGCGCAAGACGUUUCAGUAUGUCUUAUUCUCACGAAGAUAUUCUUUCCAAUGAUCAACUUGAUCAAAUUCAUUUCGAUCCACGUUAUCGCGAUUAUCGAUCGGCCUCAAGUCUCAAUAAUAGUCACAAUCGAACGCGAAGUAACAGCUUGAAUUCAAUGGGUGGAAGUGGUAAUAUCUUUCAAAAUCUACAAUAUCGACGAAUGUCAAGUCAAUCGUCGCCUCCAUUAUUAGGAUUAGGAAUAGGUGUGGGUGGAAGUAGAAAUGGGAGUGUAGGUAUAGGUUUAGGAUUGGGAGUUACAACUCCACUUGUAACACAAAAGCGAUGGGACACAAAUCCAUCGAUAUUCAUUGAAGAAUAUCAAGAAGUCGACCAAAACAAGUCAAAGACUGAAUCAAUCAAAACCGAGUCAAAAAGCGAAAAAAGAAAUUCGUCAAAGGAAACACUUUACAGUAGCAAUGAAUCUCUUCAACCGCUUAGCGAAUCUGAUAUUAAAUCAUUCGGUGAUUUGAGUAAAAUUCCUUUUAUUGACGACGACGAUUCGACGGAGUCAGCGCCUUGUCGUUUCAUGGACAUUGAUGUGGAUGAUGGGACGAAGACAAAUGGAGUUGCUUCAUCAAGUGGUCAAAGAAAUGCGUGUCGAAAGACAGUUAGUUUCGAUGUUAUUGCUAGUGGGCCAUCAGCAAGCGGUUUCUAUCAACAUCUGUUCACACACAAUGGUGGACGGAGAAUGUCAGAACGAGACAUGACCAGAGUUGGAGCUGAUGUGAAACCUUCUCCAGCACCAGGACCACAACUCUUGAACAGUAAAUCAGUUCCGACACUCCAUCACAUAGGAAAUGCGAGCAACAAAUCAAGAAGUGUUCACAGUUUGGUUGGUCCAAGCAACAGCGCUGGUAACAUUAACACUGCUUCAGCAACUGAUCAAGGAUUUUAUCAGAACUUGAGUGUUUAUCGACAACAGAAUCAAAGCCAACCAAAUCUUGGCGACAAUCGUUCUCUCUCCCAUCAAUUGACUCCAUUAAGUAUGCAGCAGCAACAACAGCAGCAACAAAUCAGCGGUAGCAACACACCAACGUCGACCAACAUAAUUAACCGUCCGGCAUCUGCCUUCUUCAACAAUAGCAAUAAUAACAAUGUAAUGAAUCAACAAUCACCAUCAACUCCAAACAUUCCAAGCACUCAAAGCACCAGCACUGGCAAUUUGAUGCAACAACAACCGAUGGUUGGUUUCAAUCAAUUGCCUUCUUCUGUUAUUCAAGCACCUCAUGCUCACAUUUCACAUCCAAAUUUGAGUGGACAAUCAAACAUAAAUCGUCCUCCAAUGUUGCCUAAUAAAAUGAUUCCCCAACAACAGCAACAGCAGUCUGGUGGUGGUAAUGGUGGAAAUUUCAUGCGCGAUAUUCAAUCACAACAUAGUUUGAGAAUGACUCAACAACAAAUGAUGGCACCAUCAAUGCCAAACAUUGCACAUGCGAGUGGAUAUGCGAAUAAUAUUUCAGCAAGUCAAAGUAUGCAGAACAUGAAUCAAAUGUCUGCACAAAAUUUCCAUCCGCAAAGUCCACAAAAGCAAUUACCACCAACGGCACCAAAGCCACAGCGUCAUCCAAUGGAUGAACCAUCCCAACUACAAAUUCAACCACAGCCACAGCCCCCGUUGCCGCCUUCAUCCACGCAUCCGCUUUUUAAGAGCCCAAUUACUCAGCAACCAUCAACAGCACAGCAACAAAACUCGACAUCAGCAACAUUAAGCUACAAUGUCAAUUCAAACGAUGUUCAAUCAAAAGCUGGUUACUAUCAACAACAGCCACAACAGCAAUCGAUUAAUAAAAGUGCAACGUCAAAUCCAUGGGAACGUGAAGAACGUGAGAGAGAGAAUGAAAUGAGACGAGAACAGUUACGUCAUUGGCGUGAUCAACAAAUCGUUGAACUUUCAUUGUUGCCAUCAAGAUCACCGCAGCAAGAGGAACAAUUGAAGACGCUUGUACUUGAACGUGACUUUGAGCGAAGAGCUCAAGAGGAAGAGAAUGAAGAGGAGAAUGAAGCACAAUAUCAGAAGAAUCAAGAAAUACUUCGAUUGCAACCAGGUAACAACAAUAAUGUAAGCAUACCGCCUAGUCAAACUUCAACAGCAGCGACACGUCUCAAACAGGUGGACAUUAAAACAAUGCCAACAAAUAUCUCACCAUCAUCAGAAAUGAUAAUGAAUUCUAAUGAUAACUUCCAAACGGCACCUCCAAUCCAGCCGAAAAGUAUUUUGAAGUCAACAAAUGCUUACAACAACAGCAACCCUUCGUCACCUUCGAAACAUGCAAAAGUAACCAGCUUUGCCCCGAAAAAUCAAAACUUGUCUGAAAUCACAAUGAACAAUACGAAUGCCAAUCAAAUGUUGACACAAAUCAAUAAGGAAAUGAGUGAAAUGACAAUUGAAUAUCAAGCUGAAGAAACGAAUGGACCGAUGAUGCCACCACCCCCACCAGAACGUGGCAGUUCAUUUGCUGUGAUGCAACAUCAAAAAGUGAGAACUAGCAAUAGUAAUAAUAGUGGCAAUAGUGCCAAUUUUACAAAACUCACAUUCAAUGAUCCUCAAUUGAUGUCUAAUAAUAUCAGCGGAAACGUCAACAAUAACAACAACAGCAAAUUCGUUCCUUCAACUAACAACAAUGAACAUUCACCAAUGGUGAUGAUGUCACCAACAACAACAACAACAGUCGCAGGAACAUUCACAGCACAUCAAAUUCAACAGCAAAUGAAUUUAAUUAACAAUAAUGUUGGAGCAUUCACGAGAGAUAACAAACGUGUUUCAUUCCAUGAUCAUGAGAAUAAUAAUAAUAACAACAUCAACAAUAAUGUUGAGAUUAUUGGUGAACAGGAUUUGUCAAUGAUUCGUGAAGAUCCAAACCGUUUCAUUGAUGAGACCGCUGCGAUGUUACAAAGUCCCCAAUCACCAGAUGGCGACACUAACUGGAGCAUUCAAGUGCAGUCAACGCCAGGCGUUAUCGGUGCUCAGGAAGUGUAUCGCGACCCACGACAGAGACGUCUUGCUGAGCAACAACAGAAGAAAAGUGAAGCUCCCGUGCCAGAAAAGUUAACAUUCAAAGAGAAAAUGAAAAUGUUUGCACUCGAGUCCGGCGAGAACACACCGAAAGAUAAGUUAAAAAUCUCACGUGCUCAACGGGACAUUGAUGCGGUUCAUUAAUAAUAAUGCAACACCAUUUUUUUAAUUGUUUAGUGUUUAAGAUGAGAAAUCCGAUGUGACAUAAAAAGAGAAAAAUGAAAAAAUCUUAUUUAACUUUUAUUGAUAAAUAUUUAACUCCACAUAAGAACGUAGAUAUGUAUAUGAGAUAAACAUGUUUAAUUAAAUAAUAUCUAAUUUAAAAUAAUUGAGAAGCAAUUGAAGAAACACAAAAGUGCUGCUUAAAUUGACGAAAAGAAAAAAAAAGAAAAUUUUAAAUAAUUUCUAUAAUUUCUUGGGGUUGAAAAUUUUAAUUUUAAAAUGUGGAAAAAUAGAAGGAAGAAAGAAAUAGUUUUAAUCAUAUGGAGGGGAGAAAAAUGUGUAUAAAUAAAUAUUUGACAGUAAAUAAAUAAUUUCUUAUGUUAACAUGACACCCCCACCUCUCCAAGUUUCAAUAAAUUUCAACUCAACAUAUCCUGAGACGGUUCGAGAGACUUUCAAGAUGAAGAAAUGAAAGGAAAUAUUUACAGAUUCGAACUUCUAACACAUCCAAUGCGGACCAAAACUUUGAUAAGUUUAUUUUCUCAUUCGCUUCGAUUGCGACGUUUUAAAGAUGAAAAAAUAUUUUUUCCUAGAAAAUAAAUUUUAAAAAGAAAAUUAAUGUGACGAAUGGUUGGAGGAAAAAGAGAGAGAAAAGUCUCUAAAGAAACAAAUCAGCAAUUUAAGUGAUUUAACGACAGAUAUCGAUAGAAGUUCUCUUUAAAUUUUAUUUCUUUGUCAAUUCAAGUAUAUGUUGAUAGUUUUUCCUCGUCUCUUAGCAAAGUUUUCACUUGAAGUUCCGAUCAAGAGAAAAUCAAACAUUCUAUAGCCGUAGCAAGAAAGUUCUUUUUAUUAUUUUUAUUAUCGUAAAUAAGAUUAUGUUUAAAGUUUUCUUUUACCUUGUUUAUAAAAGAAUUAUAACAGAGAAAAGUUUCUUUAUUGUGCGUUGAAUAAUCUGAAUAUUUCUUUAACUUUCUUUUGUAGCCUAAGAUAAUUGAUACAACAAAAGAGUAAAAUUGAAAAUGGAAAGCAAGAAAAGUGUAAAAUACAAACAUCAAUUAGAAAGUUUUAUGAAAUAAAUGAAAAUAUUUUUCUUUGUGUAAUAUGAAUUGAAA